UUUCAACCUAAUUAAAGAGAAUAAAGAGUUUUGGUCAUAACCAAGUUCGACAAUACUCUUGAUAAAUUUUCGAAUUACGGCGAAAGCUUUGGUAGCACAAACGACAGUUGGUGUGGGUGUCGCUCGGCGCGAGCGUUGGUGAAGAAUGAGCAGUUCGGGCGACGCAGAAGCAGAAGCAGAAGCAGAAGCAGAAGCAGAAUACUUCAGCAAGGACUUCGAAUGGGAAGAAGUAAGAGCUGACGUGGAAUCUAACCCUUCGUUCCGCUACCACCUCCUUCCUUUUCAACCCUCCAAAUCACAAGCAGAAUCAGAUGUGCGAGCAUGGAAGCGAUUCCAUGUUCGUCAUUCCUCGGGAAAGUUCUUCAAGGAGCGACGCUAUCUGCUGAAGGAGUUCCCGGAACUUGUUUCAUCUGCUCCACACACUAAGCUUUUGGAAGUAGGGCCAACAAAGAUGUCAUUGUCUAUGCAUGUGACUGUAGUGAUGAGACUCUUGAAAGGGCCAAAGAGAUUUUAGGUGCUGCCACCAUUGUGGCUUUUAGUCACCGGUUUCGUACAUUCUGUUGUGAUGUUUCCACUGAUGGAUUCCCAAACUGGUUGGUAUGCAACCCAUGCCGAGAUAGAGAUUUGCAAAAACCAUCAAUGUGCUUGUCAGAUGUCAAACAUGAUAAUGGAAUGCACUCUACCAAUCCAUUUAAAUUAGAAGGAUGCGAAUGUUGUAUUGGGGGAGUAGAUUUUGUAACAUUGAUAUUCACCCUAUCAGCAAUACCACUGGAAAGGAUGCCAAGGUUCAUCAAGGAAUGCUUUGAUGUGUUAAAUCCUGGAGGCAUGGUUUUAUUUAGGGACUACGGCCUUUAUGAUAUGACCAUGCUUCGAUUUGAGGAAGAUAAGAGAGUUGGAUUUAGGGAAUACAUGCGAUUGGAUGGAACACGGUCAUAUUUCUUUUGUUUGGAUACUGUACGAGAUCUAUUUGGGGGUUCAGGCUUCACUGAGCUUGAGCUUGAUUAUUGCUGUGUAAAAUCUGUAAACCGCCAGAAAGGCAAGUGCAUGCGAAGGAUUUGGGUUCACGGGAAGUUUCAGAAGCCUGUACUGAAUUAGGUAUCAGCAAUCUCUCUUUGGGCAUACCAUGUUAAUUCAGAAGAAAAUUUCACUUGUUCGAAUAUAUCCUUGAUCGGUUCCAGCUAUCCUAAAGAUUAAAGGGGAGACAGAUGAAUCAUAAAGCUAGUGAAGAGCUCUUGAAUUUCGGAAACCAUGAGAAUGACAUGGUUAUCUGUUUCUGGAAAAGCAAAUGUAGAAGAUCUCUUUGGCUGCAUUGUCAUGUCCAGUCUAUCCAUUUAUUAUUUUUUUUUUUUGGAGUGAAUAUGAAUCCAAUAUAUCUCGUGGCUUUUAAGAGAAUCAUCAUGUUAACUUAACAGGAAAAAAGAUAAAGAAUUAUCUCGUUAA